GGCUGGACACGGGUCACCUGCUGGUGGCAGAGAUCGCAAAAACGCAGCUGGCGGCGUCGCAGGUGGCGGCCUUCGACGGACUCCUGGAGAAGUGGGCGCAGGACUUCCCGGGGAUGUCAGACUUUGUGAGCAGCUCCGUUUGGCCGGACCACAUCAAGUGCACAAGAGCCGGAAGGCCCAUGUGCGAUGGGCUGCCGCCCGCGGGUCUGAACGAGUUUGAUACCUGGCACUAUGUGGACUUGGACUUCAACCCAGACCACGUGCAGGUGGAGCAGCAGAAUCCGUACCAAAACCCCUCGGCGGUUUGGGCAUUGGCGCAGGCGAUGCGCACCUUCCAAACCUCUCGCUCCGAGUGGGCGCUGAACUUCAUGCUCCGCUUCGUGCUGCACAUUGUGGGUGACCUGCACCAGCCGCUGCAUUGCGCUGAGGGUCUUUUCAACGACACCAAAUUCGGGGACGUCAUGGGGGACCGAGGGGGCAACCUCAUCAGGAUCCGCACGCAGUGGCGGGAGCUCACCAAUUUGCACCUCCUCUGGGACGCCGCUGGCGGGCUGUACAUGGCCGAGUGGCCGUUCUCCUCCGAGCAGCAGGCCCAGCUGCGCCGGAACGCCUCGCAGAUCAUGAAGCGCUUCCCCCGGUCUAGCCUCAAGGAGCUGAAUGCUGCGGAUAUGAGCUGCUAUCCCAGCUCGGAUUGUGCUGCAGUGUUCAGAGGCUGGGUGAAGGAUGUCCAUGCACUGGCCAUUCAGGAUGCCUAUCGCGGCGUGCGAGCAGGAGCAGAACCAUCUGCCGCGUACCUCGCCAGGGUGCGCGAGGUCUCCCGCCGGCAGCUGGCGCUCGCGGGGUACCGCCUGGCGGAUCUGCUGGCCGCGGUGAGUCCCAGCCUGCCAACACCUGCGGCGGAAGGAAACAACACGCUCGGCAACACGCUCAACAUCCAGGCGAUUUGUGCGCUGCAGGGGCUCCUGCUGGUGAUCUUUGGGGCUAUGCUGUUUCGCCAAAGACUCGCGCGACAGCCGGCGCCCAGUGAGCGAGGCAGAUCUUUGCUGGAGUGUGGUGAGGUGUGACGCGUCUUUCCGCCAAAGCAUUGGCGGCCCUUCCAAAGUGUCGGGAUGAGUUUCCCGCGGUGAG